CCAUGUAUAUAGUCUCCCCUGCAACAGUAAUGAGCUAUUGCAGCUAUUCUUCAGUUUAAGCCUAGAUUUAGGUGAAACAGACACCAGUCUUCAGGCAGCCCCCAAACAGAACACUGCAUUAAGGUUUUUGUGAUCAGUCUGGUUUGCUGGAGGCAGCUGGGAACAGAGCUGAUACCCAUUAUAGAUCAAGACUUCACUGUUCAAGUCAGGGGAGAGAGUGCAGCUGGGGCGUGACCAUCCUGGUGUUUAUCAAUUGUGAAGACAGAAGGGAAAAAUCAGAACCUGCUUAGUCAGAGAAAUGGCAAUGGAUCCCAAAAAUCAGAAGAAAGUGAAGCUUAAUGAUGGCCACUUCAUUCCUGUUCUGGGAUUCGGCACUUUCGCACCUCCAGAGGUUCCUAAGAGUGAAGCUCUGGAGGUCACCAAAUUUGCUAUAGAGGUUGGAUUUCGCCAUAUUGACUGUGCUCAUUUGUACCAAAAUGAAGAGCAGGUUGGCCAAGCCAUUCGAAGCAAGAUUGAAGAUGGCACUGUGAAGAGAGAAGACAUAUUCUACACUUCAAAGGUUUGGUCCACUUUCCUUCGACCAGAGUUGGUCCGACCAGCCUUGGAAAAGUCACUGAAAGAUCUUCAACUGGAAUAUGUCGAUCUCUAUAUUAUUCAUCAGCCAGUGGCUCUGGUGCCAGGUGAGGCACUUUUCCCAACAGAUGAAAAUGGAAAAAUGAUAUAUGACUCAGUGGAUCUCUGUUGCACAUGGGAGGCCCUGGAGAAGUGUAAGGACGCAGGGCUGGCCAAGUCCAUCGGGGUGUCCAACUUCAACCACAAGCAGCUGGAGAAGAUCCUGAACAAGCCAGGGCUCAAGUACAAGCCCGUCUGCAACCAGGUGGAAUGUCACCCUUAUCUCAAUCAGAGCAAGCUGCUGGAGUUCUGCAAGUCACAUGAUAUUGUCCUUGUUGCCUAUGGUGCUCUGGGAUCCCAGCGAUCAUUACAAUGGUUGGAUCCAAACGUCCCCUUUCUCUUGGAGGACCCGGUUCUCUCUGCCAUUGCCAAAAAGCACAAGCAAACUCCAGCUCUGGUUGCCCUUCGCUACCAGAUGCAACGUGGGGUUGUGGUUCUGGCCAAGAGUUACAACAAGAAGCGGAUCAAAGAGAAUAUGCAGGUGUUUGGUUUUGAACUGACUCCAGAAGACAUGGAAGCAAUUGAUGGCAUCAACAGAAAUAUAAGAUAUUAUGAAUAUCUAAUGUGGGUUGAUCACCCUGAGUAUCCAUUUUCUGAAGAAUAUUGACUGUGAACUGCCCACUAUCCAUUCUACCAGAACUUUUUCUCUAGGGUUCUGAAGAGCAUUUCUGUACUUGGUGGAGGUGUUUAAAAGAAGUUUCUGACUUUUGAAAGCUGAUUUAUCUUUAAAAAAGUUUUUAUGAAAUAAUAAAGAUUUCAAAUAUAGAUACUAGUUUUCCUGGUAACAAAAUAAUUUGGAAAAUAAAAAAGAAAGGAUGAAAAAUAAAAAUAACCUCUGAUUAACCCAUU